CUCUCUCUACUCCUUCCCACCAUCACCACCACCUCUACUGGAUCUGGUGUUUCUCUCUUCUCUCUCACACACAACCUUCACCACACCCCUGUUUUUGUUUAUCAUCUAUCUCCCUGCAUCAUCUGUUUACAAUUUCCUGAUUACUUAGAAAUGUUGUUUGCAAUUAAUCCUUUGUAAUUUGUAGCUGCCAAUUGCUCCGAUCUUGUAAUUGAUGAAGAAACACUGGAUGAGAGAGGGGCUCUGAAUAUAUACAAUACAAGUAUAUAGAGGGAAAGGGUUUAUGGUUUCAUGGGCAACACAUGCCGUGGAUCUUUUGGAGUGAAAACUUUUCAGGGCUACAGAUACAGUCAGCCCCUAGACCAGUCCCUUUCCAAGCAGCACACCACCACCACCACCACCACUACUACUUCUUCUUCUUCUGUUGACUCACCCUCUGCCUUCAACUCUCAACAGCUCAACCCUCAACAACCCUCCAAGGAUAACCCUAACAAAGACUCUAAAAACAACAACAGUAAUCUUCCUCUUGUUGGUCCUGUAAAAGAAAUCACCAUGAGACGCGGCACCGAUAACCAGAAUUUUUAUGUCUUGGGUCAUAGGACUGCCAACAUUCGCGAUCUUUACACUUUGGGCCAUAAAUUAGGGCAAGGACAGUUCGGUACUACUUACUUGUGCACUGAGAUUUCCACCGGCAUUGAAUACGCAUCUAAAUCUAUCUCCAAGAGGAAGUUGAUAUCAAAAGAAGAUCUGGAGGAUGUGAGGAGGGAGAUUCAGAUUAUGCAUCAUUUGGCGGGUCACAAGAAUAUUGUGACCAUUAAGGGAGCGUACGAGGACUCCUUGUAUGUUCAUAUCGUGAUGGAGCUCUGUGGUGGGGGCGAAUUGUUUGAUCGCAUCAUUCACAGGGGACAUUACAGUGAGAGGAAGGCUGCUGAAUUGACAAAGAUUAUUGUAGGGGUUGUUGAAUCAUGCCAUUCACUUGGGGUUAUGCAUAGAGAUCUGAAGCCAGAGAAUUUCUUGUUGGUUAACAAGGAUGAUGAUUUCUCUCUCAAAGCCAUCGACUUUGGACUUUCAGUUUUCUUCAAGCCAGGUCAGAUUUUCACUGAUGUGGUUGGAAGCCCAUAUUAUGUUGCUCCAGAAGUGCUUUUGAAGCAUUAUGGACCAGAAGCAGACGUCUGGACAGCAGGUGUCAUACUAUAUAUACUGCUAAGUGGUGUACCACCUUUUUGGGCAGAAACACAACAGGGGAUAUUUGAUGCGGUUUUGAAGGGACACAUUGACUUUGAUUCAGAUCCAUGGCCCCUAAUAUCCGACAGUGCUAAGGAUCUAAUUCGAAAGAUGUUAUGCUCUCGACCUUCAGAACGGUUAACUGCUCAUGAAGUAUUGUGUCAUCCUUGGAUUGGUGAAAAUGGAGUUGCUCCUGAUAGAGCUUUGGAUCCUGCUGUACUUUCUCGCCUCAAACAAUUCUCUGCAAUGAAUAAGUUAAAGAAGAUGGCUUUACGGGUGAUAGCUGAAAGCCUGUCAGAGGAAGAAAUUGCUGGUUUGAAAGAGAUGUUUCAGGCAAUGGAUACUGAUAAUAGUGGUGCUAUCACAUUUGAUGAACUCAAAGCUGGUUUGAGAAGAUAUGGCUCUACCUUAAAGGACACGGAGAUACGUGACCUUAUGGAUGCGGCUGAUGUGGACAACAGUGGGACCAUUGAUUAUGGGGAAUUCAUUGCUGCAACAGUUCACCUCAACAAACUAGAGCGUGAGGAACAUCUCGUGGCAGCAUUUCGAUACUUUGACAAAGAUGGAAGCGGUUAUAUUACAGUCGAUGAGCUCCAGAUGGCUUGUGCAGAACAUAACAUGACCGAUGUUUUACUUGAAGAUAUUAUUCGAGAAGGUGAUCAAGAUAAUGAUGGUAGGAUUGAUUAUCAGGAAUUUGUUGCUAUGAUGCAAAAAGGCAAUGCAGGAAUUGGAAGACGAACUAUGCGAAACAGUGUGAAUUUGAGCAUGAGAGAUGCACCAGGAGCUCAUUAGCUUCUAAAUUGAGACAAUGUACAGGUUGUACAGCAAAGCAAGGAGAGGAGGUUCAGUGGUAAAGCUUCUUCAGAGAAUUUCUGGAUGCUCCCUUGAUCUGAUACAUUUGUUACCCAACUAUUUGAAAUUUGGGGUUUAAACGGUUGAGCAUUCGUCCGUCUUCCUUUUAAAUUGUUGUAUGACUGGAAAUGUUGUGAUUUGUGAGCAUUGUAAACUAAUACAGCUAUUUAAGCUGCCAAAUUAUUUUGUGCCUUUCUUUCUCU